AUGGCGGAGUUUCAUGAUAUGCCAGCAGAGAUACGAAACAUGAUUUACGAGUCGAUAUUUUCCCCGUCGCAAUCUCAAGACAUUGUCGAGGACCUCUGCAGCAAUAGUAACGCAUUCUCCCUGUUCACUGUUUCCAAGCAAAUGCACGACGAAACAACAUCCUACUUUUAUCAAAACAACAAUAUCAACAUCUACACGCCCUCGCAGACAACUGAGACUGCUACUAUUUUCCCUCCCAUCGCUGACAGGUAUCUUCGGUAUCUCGGCCGCGUCAGAGUACUGGCCACAAUCGCCGCUGCAGAGUCAAGCACACACGCCAAGGUAGCCGACACCAUCGCAUCCCUAGCGACUAUCGGUGCAAAGUUCGAAUAUGUCAACAUUAUCAUCAACUCCUCGCUCUCUCGGCUGGUUAAUAAAAUGGUCGAUGACUCGAUCCUCGAUGCCGAUCAUCCAAUCACCGUUGCCUUGCACAAAUUGCUCGACUCCAAGGUUGCUAAGGUUGUGCGUCUUUCUCUCCCUGGUGCUUGGUUAACGCCCAGUGUCGCCCAGCACCUCAAGAGCCAGUAUGGCGAUCGUAUUCUCUUCGUUGACCGAGACGGAUCCCCCUGUGAUGCGGCAAGUGUAGAGAAGCCAAAGACCGGUGUCCAUAUAACUGGACACAUGGCUACACUAGGCCUUGACAUGGAAGACGCCUAUUCUGACGACGAAUCCGAAUCCGACCAAUCAACUCCUUCCUCGAUCCCAUCUUCAUUUGGCUCAGUGUUGGCAGAUCUGGAUGCGUUCUCCGUCGCAAGCUACGAGGCCGGCCCCGAAGAUGCUAAGAACGAUGAUUCAACGGACGAUUCUGCAGGUGACGACUCUUUCUUUACCGAAGACGAACUAGAGGAGUGGGCAGCCUCCGGUGAAAAUGAUGUGCAAGAGGAACCGUCGCAGCCCGAGGACACUGAAGUCGACGUUGAGGAGGAACUUGACGAAGAGCUUGAUAACAUGCCCGACGAUGGUUUUGAUACCAUCAUGGGCAACAUGGGCGAUAUGGCGAACGAGGCGGAUAUCACGUACCUGGUCAAUUUUGCACCCGAGUUGCUCAUGGCUGGACACGACCUUGAUCACUUUAUGUAG